CAAAAAGCGCGAGAGAGCAGCACGGAACCCAAAGCAGAAGCAUUGGUGGAGGAAGUAGAAGCAGAAGCAUCAGAGUGUAUGGACGUGUGUAGCGACGCGGAUGUUUCUGGCGGAAGUCAAAGCCUUCUAUGCGAAAGGAAGAGUGGUUGUUGGUGAGUGUCGUCGUCGUCGUCGUCGUUGUCGAUUGAGUGUGUAUUGUGUUGCGUCGCGUUGGACGGCGUCGAAUGCUGUGCUGGUUUCUAGCAGACGAGCAAGCAGCAAGCAGUGAGAGUGCUUUGGCAAAAUAAGGAAAAAGAGUACCGUCCUUCCGCGUGUUGCCCUCCGGAACCGCGUGUUCUCUUCCAUUCUCGUCGUCCACACACCACAGCCAGCAGCCCGGUUCCCAUUUCCCAACCCAACUCAUUCGGUUUGGGGUGGCGUGCCAGGCCAGGAACGUGCAAGCAACAAGCAGAAGCGGCGGUCCUGUUGUGUUGUGUGUAGAAGAGUGAAGCAAGCGAGCGAGUCAGUCAGUCAGUGGCAGAAGAAAGCACACGCAAGCAAGCAAGCAGGGAGUCUACGGGCUCGAGUUCGGUUUCGCUUUUGGCAGUGUGUUUUGUGGCGCUGUGCAGGAAGGAAGUGUGUGCUGUGCUGUGCUGGCGAAGCAAGAGCGCGAAACAAGACAAGGCAGCUACAUAGGAAGAAGAGCCUCCUGACUAGUAGGAGAGUGAACUGAAAGUGAAAAUAGGCCUGUCUGGUGAUUCCCGCCCUUCGUGGUGGACCCGCACACGCUCGAUCCGCAAGCAAAUCUGUUUUGCCCCGCAGUGUGGACCGUGAUAAAAAUAGGCCUUUUCGGCUCACGGAGUAUCGAAUUUCGGUUUUCGGUUCCAUGUUUACGCGACGACGUUGAUUAACUUAAGUUGAAUAAAAAAAAAAGUGCUACCGCAGAGAGUUGCAGCAAUCGCGAGUCGCGAUAAAGAAUUAUUUUCGUGUAAAGGACAUUGUAACUUGAGCUAUUCGGAACCGAGUUCUCCGAGUCGUUUGCUAAAAAUAGACGCAGUGUGUGCCAGUGAAUUUUCCAAAUUCCGGAGGUUAGCAGACAUAAGCGCCAAACCGCUUUUGGUUCCGGUGAUUCUAAGAGACGGAAUCUUCCGUAAACUUUCACGGAUGUUUUAUCGGUUUGACUGAAUAUGAGAAAAGAUAUUAUAUCGGAAAAAGCACAACAUUAGCAGUGACUUAAAAAAAGCAAAGAACAAAAUAUUUGUGUUUUUUUUUCUCGUUUCGUUUCGUUCCGAUCCCGAUUCGUCCUAGAGAGCAAAGAACACACAGAGGGAGAUACUGCCCUUAUUUCCUUCCUUCGCUCGGUUCGUUCGUGGGUUACAUCAGGAAUUUUUCCACCCAGAAAAACAAGACAAAAACUCACAAGUCAAGUCAACUAGAGGUAUCGAAAAGUGAGUGCUGCUGCUAUCGUGUAAAGUAGGACAAAUGUAGUUGAACUAACGGAGGGAAGUUUUUGAUCCUUCGAAGGUUCGAGCAAAAAUUAGAGAAGACAUCACAAAAACGAUGAAAAUGAAGAACUGUGCCGUUGACUGAUGACAAUAAAAAAAAACAAAAAAACAAACGAAAUAAAGCUGAGACGUGAGGAGCCAAUCAGUGAUUGUGUGUUGUGCCGAGUACAAUUCGCGAAUGUGUAAGAAUCGGAAUUCGCUAUCUUUUCGGUGCGUUUCCACUCUAAGCUAAACUGAAACUCUUUUUUAACCAUCUUGACGGAGGUUCCCCCAAGGACCUCGCCCAGCUACAAGAUAGAUACUCUAUCGUUACAAACGUACCAUCCGCUUCUGCUGAUGGCGCCUCGGCGAAGUAUUCUGGGGCCGGCGAACAACGCCAACGCCUCGACGACGCUUGAUUUGUUCGCCAAUCUGGGCGACUCGGACCACGGGUUCGAAUCGUCCCUAUCGGCCGAUGGCUCCGGAAGUGAAGCUGGCGCGUCUUUGACCCGUUGCAAUAUUCCGAUUGGCGAGUGUCUCAAAUCCUCACCGGUAGACUUCGGAGCGAUUAAUCUGGACGAUCUUCGGGACUGCAUCCGAGUAAUUUGCAGCAAUGAAAACUGCUCCUAUGGCCAGUACAUGCAUCGGGAGUGCUUCGAGCAUUGGGAAGAAGGUGUCCUAAACUACCUCAAAUCAACGGGCAGAGCCCGAUCUUGGACGGACAAACAGCGCCAGCAAAAUCUUUGGUCCAAAAAAGGCUACGAUUUGGUGUUCAAAGUGUGCACCUGCAAGUGUGGUCGCGGUCAUGUCCGCAAGGAUUUGGACUGGAUCCCACCGAUGAGCCUUUUUCAAGCAGCUCCCCGAAUAGAAGACGAUUCCGGUAAAAAGAAGAAGAAAAAAAAUCGCCAGAACCAGAAAUCUUCCCUGGCCAUUUCGACCAGUCCCGGAAGUCAAUCGAGCAGCUCCUCAAACAGCCCAAACGGCGUCCAUCAACAAUCGCUGCUCAAUCCCCUAAAACUGGCAGACCAUUUUGCUACCUCAUUGAUCUUGAACACGUCCUCCACGAGCAGCAGCAGCGGCAACACCGGAAGUCGCAACAGGACCAACAGCGUGUCCUCGUCCAGUCUCGGUUCCAGUACGCCGCCGGCCAGCUCAACCGGAUCCAUUGGCGGAGUCAGCGAGUGCCAGAGCAUCUCGCCGGUACAUUGCAGCGGACUUCUUGGCAUCGGAGGCUGUACGGUGGCCGAAACGGCUGCUGCCCUGGCCAAACUCCCCCUCACGCCGAGGACCAAGGUCGAAAUCUAUUCCGAGCGAGUUAGGGCGACAUCUGGAGCGAAUGGAAUCUUCUCCCGGCGGCUGGACUUCUCAACCUUCAACAUGCUACCCCGGCAGCGGAUAAACUCUUACUCGAUUAAGAUCGAGGACGAGGGCAACCAUGGCAACGAUGAAACGCGCCUCUUCAUCCUAUCGUCGUUGGCGGCGCAGCACAAGAGCCGCGUCGCCUGCGUGCUCUGCGAGGAACCGAUGCUAGUCUUUGAUCGCUACCCCCUAGUCGAUGGAUCAUUCUUCCUCAGCCCGAAGCAGCACGCCAAGGGUUGCAUCGAGGUGAAAUACGAGAAUCGUGUGCUGUAUCUGACAUCGGUUUGCAUGGCGUGUCUGGAUGGCGUUGAGCCGAACCGAGUUGUACGAUGCAGAUUCUGCGCACAGAAAUGGGACGGAUCGUCGUUGGUUCUGGGAACCAUGUAUUCCUACGAUAUCUUUGCCGCGAUGCCGUGCUGCACUGAACGAUUGAAGUGCAACAACUGUUUCAAGCUGCUGCUGCACCCGCACCAGCGAUUGAACUUCUACAGCGACUACAGCCAUAGCGUAUCGUGUCCGUACUGUCACGCCCAGGAUACGCACUUCGUGAAGCCGUUGGCUUACUGCUACACCAAACAGCCCCUCCAGCUGUUCCAGCAGUGGCCAUAACAUGAGGCCACGUUGGAGUCCUCCCCAUCAUCGGUGGCGGUAGGUCUACCGAGUCGAAGCACCGUCGGUGGCACCGAUUCUACAAAUUCGGCAACGACGACGGCAGCAGCGAUGAAUUCGUUCAUCCAAGAGCU